AUGGCAGCAGACCAAUCCGCCAGUCGACUCCUCUCUCUCCCCUCUGAACUCCGAAACGCCAUCUACGAGCUGCUCCUCAUACAGGAUAGUCGCAGUGCACCAGCAGACGAGCGACAAAGGAGCAGCAGCAGCGGCGGCGGCGGCCAUACCAUUUGCGCAAACGUGCUACGGACGUGUCGACAGGUACACGCGGAAGCGGCACCGAUCCUCUAUGGAGAGAAUAUGUUUGUGGCGCAUUCGAAUCUGUUGACGGCGUUGCCGUCAUUCUUACUGUGCAAGGUGCCGAAUGCAAAGGGGACUACUACUCUGCCGCCGGUGACUUCUCUGCGGGUCGCGAGCAUGAUUCGGAAGUUCUUCUUUCGUGUGCGACUGGAUAUUGAUUCGAGAUUUACUGCUCGACAAGCGUCAGACUGUUUUACGGGCUUGGAUGUUCUGGAGAUUGAGGUGUUUCAGCCUUCGUAUGGGACUUGUGAUUUUACCGUGUUGAAGCUGUUGGAGGGCGUGAGAGGGGUGGGAAAGGCUAGCGUGGCGGGCAGUGUUGGAGAUGGGCAUUACGCGCGGUGGUUGGAGGCGGCGAUGAUGAGUGAUGUUGGAGUGGACUUGCCCGACUACGAGAAGGAGCGUGUUGAUGGUGACGAGGGAUGGGACGUAUGGACAAAUGGCAACAGGUAG